CGGGACCCGCCGGCGGCGCCGCCAUGUCCUCGCCGGGGCGGUCCGAGGAGGUGGACCGGACGGUGUUCGUGGGGAACCUGGAGAGCCGCGUGCGGGAGGAGAUCCUCUACGAGCUCUUCCUGCAGGAAGACUACAUAUUUAAAAGACUGAUCUGCCAAGGACUUGAGAUUGUUGCUUCUAGCUCUUGAAGAACCAGAUCCUCCUCAUUAGGCAAAUAAUAAUCACAAGACUGGAUAUAUGUCAUUUUUAUUAAAAAUGCAGUGUAGUGCAGAACAAAAAUGCCUUAAAGAAUCAACUCAAGCAAAAAUAAACGUGUUCAGAAUCUUACUAAAAUCCCUUCUUUAAAAAAAAACACAACCAAACAACAACCUCCCCUAAAAAAAAACCCAAACAAACCCAACAAACCAAAAUGAACCCCAUCAAACUUCAAGAUCUUUGGAAAGAUGAGAUCAACGUUUGGAAGAUUCCCCACACAGGACAACCUAGGUGGAUUUUUUUUAACUUCUAUUCACUUCAUCGCUCAUCUGGAUAUUGUAUCCUCCUAAAGGCUGGACCAUUAACCAAAGUGACAAUUUGCAAGGACAAAGAAGGAAAAUCUAAAUCUUUUGGAUUUGUCUGCUUUAAGCACAAAGAAUCAGUGCCUUAUGCAAUAGCUUUGCUGAAUGGAAUCCGUUUGUAUGGAAGACCAAUUAAAGUGCAGUAUCGGUUUGGGAGUUCUCACUCAUCAGAACUAAACAGCCCUACGCAUGGUUUUGAGAACUAUAUUGACUUAUAUUCUCCUUCAUAUAGGUAUCAAGAGCCUUAUGGAAAUCCUCCAUUUCCUGUUACUCCUUUUCCAGUGAACAAUAGUUUACCUCAGGAAUACUCAGGCUUUCAAAAGUCGAUGAACCAUUUUUUAGCACAGCAGUACACAGUAGAGAGUCCAGUGGGUCAACAAUUUCCAUAUUAUCAGAUGACUCCGCCACUGCCUUCAAAUUUAUCCUUUUCUCCCUGUGAGAAGCAAGCUGCAAAUUUUAGGUCUGCACAGAGAUCUUUUGAAUUGGCCGUGCCACAUUCAAGUGACUAUGAAGUGCAGCAGGUGGAUGAAAGCACCUAUAAAAGAAAGAGAGAACAGCAAAAUUGUGACCGCGACACUAGUAUUGAGGAUGACAAAAUGAGACAAAGACGGCGUGACCAAAAAUACAAGAAGUGCAAAGCCAAGAGAAAGAUGUAUUAAUACUGUGUAACUUUUUUUUAAUUAUUGUAUUUGCUGUUUUAUUUGACAGAAAUUUAAUCUUUCACCAUUGCACUUUAUUAAAAAAAGGUAUGUUCAAGAUUCAUGUUA